AUGUUGUGGGAAUAAAGCAGACGCAGAAAGCUUUAUAGAGAGAGAGAGAGAGGCAUAGAAAAUUAGCAAACCGGAGAACAGAACACAACAAACCACCUCUGUUUUUCUCUGUCCUUCUAUCUUCAUAGUUCAAACUCUCCUUUUAAAGCAGAAUAGAAUCCGUCAAACCCCUUUGUCUCCCCGCUUUCUAUUUUUAUAAGAUGAAAGCUAAAAGAGAUUAGAAAUGAGUUUUUAUUUUUAAAUAUCAAUCCCUUGUUACGACCAUCUCUCAACAAUUUAAUUUUAAUAAAUAAAACCAUCGAAACCAUCAUCUUCCUCCUCUUCCACAAACCGCCAUCCCCUCCCAUCCCUAAAUCCGACUUUUUCCGAUACCCAAAAGGCAAACUAUUGUAGGGUUUUUUUUUUUUUUUUUUUUUUUGGGGGUAUCAUAAGCUUAUGAUCAAGGGCAGCGUUCGCUAAAGUGAGCCGGGUGCGGAGAGAAAGGAGGAGAAGAAAAGAGACGGUGGUCGGGGGCGAUUGAAUUUGAUUAGUGGCCGUAGACGUGGAGGGUGGUGAUGAUGACGGGGACGGAUGUGGUAGGGAGGUGGGGUACAUGGGAGGAGCUCCUUCUCGGCGGUGCAGUUCUCCGGCACGGGACCCGAGACUGGGACGUCGUCUCCGCGGAGCUCCGAACCCGACUCGUUUGUUCAUAUCCUUUCUUCACCCCAGAGGUAUGUAAGUCCAAAUUUGAGGACUUGCAACAGCGUUAUUAUGGAUGCACGGCCUGGUUUGAUGAGCUACGGAAGAAGCGCAUGGCUGAGUUGAGGCGAGCUCUAGAGCUAUCUGAAGGCUCAAUUGGGUCCCUGGAAUCAAAACUCGAGUCUCUCAAGGCAGAGAAAGGAGAUGACUGCCAUGCUGGCUAUCACUCCAGCCAGACAGAAUCACUUGUUCCUUUCCAAGAGAGAGUUGAAUCUUCUGGUAAAGAGAUGUCCAAGGAUGGACUAUCUGCAGGUAGUUUCACAGAGGAAAUCCAAUUAAAUUGGUCAGCUGAAUGUCGGAUUCCUGUAGUAGUGUCAGCUGAAGAGAUGGAGACUAAGCCAGAAACUUCACAGCCUUCUGAGCGGGAGAAAAUAUCAAGCACUGAGAAGCUGACAGAGACAUUAUAUGGGGGACGAGGAGGAAGUUUAAGAAAGAGGAGGGGGAAAAGAAAGAGAAAGGAUUGCAGUAGAGAUGUCAAAGAAGGUAGUGUUGGAGAGAGUGACUUUUUGGGUUCAGUGGAUGUUUUAACCUCCUUAUGGUGUAAAGAAAAAGCAACUUGCAACCGUGGUGAGGUUGCUGAAUCUUCUGGUGCUGGUGAUUUUAACAAAAGUUUGAGCAAGGAUGGAAAUGAUGAUCUGGUGGGUAUUUAUAAUUCUCUUUUGGAGGAUAAAAAUGCCUGUGUAUUCCUUCGACGACUUGAUAGCCAGAAGAGAGGAAGAUACAAGAAAAUGAUCCGGCAGCACACAGAUUUUAACACAAUAAAAUCAAGAAUUGCUAGCCACUGCAUCACAUCUGCUUCAGAACUCUUCCGAGACCUACUGCUGCUCAGUAACAACUCAUUGGUGUUUUACUCCAAGAACACUAGGGAAUAUAAAUCAGCUCUACUCCUCAGAGACAUCAUCACCCAAAAAUUGCAGCAGCAUUUCAAGUAUUCUCACCGCACGGCUACCCCUCCCAAUCUCUCAGUGAAAACCCUGACGCCUACCCGUCCUGUCAAACCACGAAGUGUUCGCCCUGGUAAUUGCAAGGCAUCGGGAAAAGUAGCUGAUGCAGGGAAUGCUGUUACAAGGACCUCAAAUGAAGGUAAAAAACCAAGUAAUGAUGAUUCUACCGAAGUAGAAUCCUUGGCUGUGACAAAUAAACGCUUUGGUCGGCCAAGAAAAGGGGGACGAGGAAGUGGAAAUCAACGACCUGUUGUUCCCAUGAAGGGAAGGAAGAGGAUUCGAAUGAGGACCUUUUGGUGUACAAAAGUUUACUUCUUCCUAUUAAGAUCUCUGUUGAUAAAACACUGCAAGAAUGCAUCUUAUACUCACACCACUUCCAAAAAAGAAUCAUAGUUUUUUAACUA